GUCACGAACGUGGCACUAGAACUCAGUCGCGAUUUCCGCCUUCAAUCAGGCGCAGGUGGAAAAUGAGUGAUGAAGACAGGGAUGUUGACAUAGAAAGUGAUGAAGAAGAAUUGAGUUUACCUUCAUCCACAUCAGCCAAUUCACUUAAACACGGCGGCGGACACUUUCAAAGUCAAGCUGACAAAAGAGCACAUCAUAAUGCUCUGGAAAGAAAGAGACGAGAUCAUAUCAAAGACAGUUUCAGCAGUUUGAGAGAUGCGUUACCAGCACUGCAAGGAGAGAAGGUAAAUGCUAAAAAAACUGCUUCUCGAGCCCAAAUAUUGAAAAAAGCAGCAGAGUACAUUCAGUUUAUGAGAAGGAAAAACUCUGCUCAUCAACAAGAUAUUGAUGAUCUAAAGAAACAAAAUAAAUACUUAGAAGAACAAACGUUUCAGGCUCAGAAAAGGAAAACUUUUUCGCCACUAUCGCAAGACGGAUCACCACGACAUGUAAGAAAACAAAUUGGAAGCGAGGAAAAUGUCUCAGUUCGUACUUUAGAGAAAACAAAGACAACGGGAAGUUUUGCAGCUUCGGGAGUGUUGGAAACAUCAACUCAGUUAAAUAGUAAAGGAGAUUCAAUCUCGGCAUUUGAUGGCGGUUCCGGUUCCGAAAGUUCCGACACCGAAGAUUCCAAACAGGGCAGAAGAAAACGUUUAAAAACAUCGGUUUUAUCUUAAGUCGGUUCGGAAAUUGUGGGGAAAUUUAAAAAAAAAAAAAAGAGAGAAACUUUUAAUCGUUCGCAGGAAUGUGUAUAUUGGAACAAAGGACAAUGGUUUGGUACUCAAGAACUAAGAACGAUAACCAUCCUACAAAAAUGAAUCCAACUAUACAGAAUACUGAACAACAAUCAAUAUUUCCUGAUAACAGAUCACAAUUUCCAGUACGGUUACGGUUCUCUAGAAUUCUGAUAUGUAGGACAGUAAAAUCACCAAAGAAUUUCCACUGAUAGGAAUGGUAUUUAAAAUUCGUCAUCUGUCGGUAAACUCUUGUUGUAAUUUAUAAAAAAAAAAA